AUGGCAGAAGUGUUAGAGCAGCAGUUUAGGAGACUGAAGGAUAGAGUUGAUCAAGUGUUUACUGAGUGGCCGAUUUCACCAGAGUCAGAGAGAGAAAAAAGGAAAAUGUGGACCGAAUUGUAUUUGUUAAAUAAAAAAUACUUGGAUUCGAAGAACCAGCUGAAGCAAAAAUUGAUAGAUGAAUAUGAGUAUGCUUAUCCACUUAUGAGACAGAAACUGUCCCUGAGGCCACAUGUAAAACGGUCUUCAUGUAUUAUGGGUGCAUUGCGUUUGCUUUGUUUAGCUUUGGAAACCAUUCUCUUUUUCCCCAUUUUUGCGAUCUUUUUCCCCCUGAGGUGGACGCACCCAAUUCUGAGAAGCCUUGGAUUCAGAAAUAAGCAGCUACCGUACGAUUACAUUCCUAAAAUGUGGGCGAAUUGUGCCAUGUUUAUAUUAGGAAUUCAAUGCGACAUAGAAGGCUGGGAAAACGUCAAAGAAAUUUACGACGAAGACCUGUCCACCAUCGCCCUUUUCGAACAUUCUAGCUUUAUUGACUUCAUCGUCGUCCUUGCACGAGGUGGGGUUCCGUUCAAAUGGAUUGGGAAACGCGGCGCCUUCCAAAUUCCACUCAUGGGACAAAUGGCGUGGUUCGCAGGAAUGAUUUCAAUCGACCGUUCGAAUUUGGCCUCUGCAAAAAAAAGCCUUCAUCAAGCUGCACACGUCAUCCAACACUACAAAAGAAGCAUAGCAAUAUCACCUGAAGGAACAAGAAGCAAAGUAGGACAACUCAUGGAAUUCAAAAAAGGUGCAUUUCAUUUGUGUCUAUAUUGUAAACUCAACCCCACACCUAUCAUCAUAUUCGGGGCCUACCAUCUGUGGCCAUCCUUCCACCUGUUCCCAAGUUCAGGAAGGGUAGUACUGAGAUUCCUAAAACCAGUAAGUCUAGAUAAAUACCUGCCAAACAACUAUAACGAUAUGCUGAACGACAUCUACCUCGUCAUGGCAAAUGCCAUGGAAGACGUCCCAAACAGCAUCUUCCUGCCACCUACAAAAAUGUGCAUCUUCCUGUCCUAUGUAUCUAUGACCCUAACUCUGUGCAUCUCUGGGCUCAUCAUCCUGUCCGUCGUCAAACUUUUGUAA